CUGAUUCAAAUCAGAACGCCCGUCACCUGCCAGCAUCUCAAAGCCAGAGCCUCUUCCCCCGGCUCUGCCUCGUCCCCUGCUCCGCGUGCUGCUCCCUCCCUCGCUGCAUUUUUCCCAUGCUGAGGCGCCCGUGGACCCUCUGGCUCCGCUGCCUGCGCCACUGACUCGCAGCACUUGGUCAACUCUCCGUGGUGGAGUGGGACGGAGGCAGAAGGAGCAGGGGGAGCGGUUGAUGGGACGCGGUCUGAAAGCAGCCGGCUCCUCAGCGUCGGGUCCCUCAGCUGGAGAAGAUCCCGCAGGCCAUGGCGAGGCGGCACCUCUGCCUGGCGGCGCCCCUGGCGCUGCUGGGGCUCCUGGCGGCGCUGGCAGACCUCGGCGGCGGCUCGGCGGGCGAGGACGACGACCACUUGGUGCAGGAUCUGCAGAGGAGGGGGCGCUACAGCCUGGUGCAGACGCUGGAGGAGCGCGUGGCCUCGACGCCUGACGGAGGCGCUCAGCGCGGCAGGAAGGCGCCCAGGGGGAAAGCGGAGAGCAGCCGACAGAUGGGGAAAACAACAGCUGACGCAAAAUCAGUGAAAACACCCGUCAAAAAGGCAGAGAAGAACAAGAAGACCCCGAACAGCGUCUCAGAAGGAGACGGCCCCUACAAGUCAGCACACGAGGACUGCCCUCCCAUGGGACUGGAGACGCUGAAGAUCGAUGACUUCCAGCUCCACGCCUCCACCACCAAGCGCUACGGCCUCGGCGCGCACAGAGGUCGCCUCAACAUCCAGGCCGGCCUUUAUGAGGACGACCUCUACGACGGGGCCUGGUGCGCCGGCAGGGACGACCCGCUGCAGUGGUUCGAGGUGGACGCCAGGAGGCUGACGAAGUUCACGGGGGUCAUCACACAAGGCAGGAGCUCCCUCUGGUCGAGCGACUGGGUGACCUCGUACAGGGUGAUGGUGAGCAACGACAGCCACACCUGGGUGACGCUGAAGAACGGCUCAGAAGACCUGGUCUUCAGCGCCAACCGAGAGAAGGAGAUCCCGGUCCGGAACCUCUUCCCCGCUCCGGUGGUUGCCAGAUACAUUCGGGUGAACCCUCGCUCCUGGUUCAGCGGCGGCAGCGUGUGCAUGAGGGUGGAGAUCCUUGGCUGUCCAAUGCCAGAUCCAAAUAACUACUAUCACAGACGCAAUGAAGUCAUCACGACGGACGACCUGGACUUCCGGCACCACAGCUAUAAGGAGAUGAGACAGCUGAUGAAGGUGGUGAAUGAAAUGUGCCCCAACGUCACCCGCAUCUAUAACAUAGGGAAGAGCCACGGCGGCCUCAAGCUUUACGCCAUCGAGAUCUCCGACAACCCGGGGGAGCACGAGCUCGGAGAGCCUGAGUUCCGCUACACGGCCGGCUCCCACGGCAACGAGGUGCUGGGACGGGAGCUGCUCCUGCUGCUCAUGCAGUUCCUGUGCUUGGAGUAUUUGUCCGGCAACCAGCGCGUUCGUCACCUGGUGGAGGAGACCAGGAUCCACCUCCUGCCGUCCGUCAACCCCGACGGCUACGAGAAGGCCUUCGAAGCGGGCUCAGAGCUCAGCGUCUGGUCGCUCGGCCGCUGGAACAACGCCGGGAUAGACAUCCACCACAACUUCCCCGACCUCGACUCCAUCCUGUGGGAGGCCGAGGGCAGGAGGUGGGGCCCUCGCAGGACGCUCAACCACCACGUGCCCAUUCCGGACUGGUACCAGUUCAAGAACGCUUCGGUUGCCGUGGAGACGCGGGCUCUCAUCGCGUGGAUGGAGAAGGUCCCCUUCGUGCUGGGGGGGAACCUCCAGGGCGGCGAGCUGGUGGUGACCUUCCCGUACGACAAGACGCGCUCGGCGGGCGUGAGCCGCCAGCAGAGCCCCACCCCCGACGACCACGUCUUCCGCUGGCUGGCCUUCGCCUACGCCUCCACCCACCGGCUGAUGACGGACGCCGGCCGGCGCGCCUGCCACACGGACGACUUCGCCAAGGAGGACGGCACGGUCAACGGCGCGUGGUGGCACACGGCGGCAGGCAGCAUGAAUGAUUUCAGCUAUUUGCACACCAACGGCUUUGAACUGUCCAUGUAUGUGGGCUGUGACAAAUUCCCUCAUGAGAGCGAGCUGCCGGAGGAGUGGGAGAACAAUCGCGAGUCCCUGCUCGUCUUCAUGGAGCAGGUGCAUCGUGGGAUCAAAGGCGUGGUCAGAGACCUCCAGGGCCGUGGCAUCGCCAACGCCAUCGUCUCCGUGGAGGGAAUCGCUCACGACGUCCGCACGGCUGCGGACGGCGACUACUGGCGCCUGCUGAACCCAGGCGAGUACAGGGUGACGGCGCGGGCCGACGGCUACGGCCUCGGCAGCAGGAAGUGCGAGGUGGGCUACGAGAUGGGCGCCUCCCGCUGCGACUUCACCAUCGGCCGCACCAACCUGUCGCGCAUCAGGGAGAUCAUGGAGAAGUUCAACAAGCAGCCCAUCAAGGUGCCCGUCCGGCAGCUGCAGGCCCGGCGCUCCACAGCCCGACGCCCAGCGGCAUAAUGGGAGUGUGUGAGAGCCAGAGGAGGGACUGGGAGAGGGACUGGGAGAGCGACUGGGAGAGGGACUGGGAGAGGGACUGGGACAGCGACUGGGAGAGGGACUGGGAGAAAGACUGGGAGAGGGACUGGGAGAAAGACUGGGAGAGCAACUAGGAGAAAGACUGGGAGAGGGACUGGGACAGCGACUGGGAAAGGGACUGGGACAGUGACUGGGAGAGGGACUGGGAGAGGGACUGGGACAGCGACUGGGAGAGGGACUGGGAGAAAGACUGGGAGAGCAACUAGGAGAAAGACUGGGAGAGCAACUAGGAGAAAGACUGGGAGAGGGACUGGGACAGCGACUAGGAGAGGGACUGGGACAGCGACUGGGAGAGGGACUGGGUCAGCGACUGGGAGAGGGACUGGGAGAGGGACUGGGACAGCGACUGGGAGAGGGACUGGGAGAGGGACUGGGAGAGGGACUGGGACAGCGACUGGGAGAGGGACUGGGAGAAAGACUGGGAGAGCAACUAGGAGAAAGACUGGAGAGCAACUAGGAGAAAGACUGGGAGAGGCACUGGGAGAGCGACUGGGCGAAAGACUGGGAGAGGGACUGGGAACGUCCAGCGAGUUCGGGCCACGGCUGGAGUCCUCCAAAGUACUGGCAGCGGGAAUAAUGUGUGACAAUGUGGAUCAAUUUGUGUGUUUUUAUUCGGUCCCCAGACAUAAGAUGAUGUUUAUGACCCCUCUUCUUCAAAAGCAGAAUCAAAUCACUCCAGAGCCACGUUUUGCUCUUUGAUCUGAGAGAAAACUGAUGAAAACAGAUUGAGACGAUGAAUCUGUGCCUCCUGUCAGACACUCGCUCAUGACUGUCAUGUAUAUACUCAUUAACUUAUGUAACACACUUAUGUAAACCACUACAACAGCUUGUACCAUGUCAGUACUAAAAGGACCCAGUAACGUGUCACUGACUAGUUCCUUAUUAACUUUAGUGAGUCAUUAACUAAAGGAACUGAACUUUCUGCUCAGCGUUGGUUCUUUGAGCCAAACUCUGAACAUUCAUGUAUGACGUUUGUCAAUGAGAGUGAGAUGCACAUCAUGUACAGCUUCUUGUCUUGCUUUGCAGCCAUAAAGGGACUUUUGUGCUAAUUACUGAG